AUGACCAAGGCGGAAUGCCAGGCCAGCGAUGCCCUUCAGGAUACUACAUCCACGCCCAGCCCAAGCAGGUGCUCGAAUAUAGGAUGCACCGUCCACCCAGAGAACUCCCCUCUAUCUGGAGAGGAGCUUAGGGUCAUAUUUUCCGGCGCCCCCCAUUUCUUGCUCGAGAAGGGUAGUCGAUGCCAUUGGUUCCCACAUGUUGUCUUCCCCUGGGAUGAUAGCACCCGCAUCCAGAACCUUCAGGACCGGAAACCGUUGCAUCAUGCCUCUUUUACGCUAUCCACGCUGCAUGCCCAUCUCCCAGCGUUUCUGGAGCGCAGGAAAACACCCGGAGGUAGCCCAGAUUUGACUGAGUUGGAAACAAACAAACAUCCAGCCUUUGAUAUCGGCGUUUUCGAAGUGCCCAACAUGCUCUCCUCUCGUGCCAAGGAGAGAGGCUGUGUUGGUUUUCGUCAUUAUAUGGAGCUUCCAAUUUCCCCAAAGCUCAAGGACAAGUCUGAUACCCCACCAGGCAUCACUCUCAUAGAAAGUAAUACCAAUGUACUCAACACAACUCCCACAGGUAAUAACGAGCCAUAUAUCUGUUGUCGGCCCGGUAUCCGCUUCAGUCGUGCACAGUUGAUCAGCGGCGGCCCGCCUGCCUGGAGGCGUCUUGGGGUCCGCGAUUGUUCUCCCAAACAGGUUGCUCAGCGCUUAGAAACCCUUUGUGAUUUACGGGAUCAAAUGGUGUUCAAGGCCAAGCCGAUCAAUUUGUUUGACGUAGAAUCCAUAACCAAGCUCCAUCAGGGGUUAUUUUCUACUUUCCUUUUCCCUCUCCCCAAGCAAGUACACGCAGAUGCAUUCAAGCUCACCAGUAUCAAGACUCAAAUUGAUACCCUCGUCAGAGUGCUCGCCGUUAAGGAUGCCUGGAUUGACUUUUCCCAGAUAGAAUGGAGAAUCCGUGCCGGUCAGAUCCUUUGGGAAUGUCCACCACACCGCGACGGAGUUAUCGAGGACCAGUAUCCAGGAGGUUCAGACAUUAGUAUUAAUGCCGAGAGACACUGGCUUUUGAUACAAAUUCUUCUAGCUGCCGAAUUAGUUUUGCGGCUUGAUGCUGCUGUUAAAGUCGGCAUUAUGGGUCGACCGAAAGGAAUAAUUACCCAGAAGGACAUAUACCAUAUCAAUGACAUGAGGAAUGACCAAGUCGACUGGGCAAUCAUCUGCUGCCGGAGAGCCUUUGAAAACCUGACAAUCAAAUACUCCCCCACAAGUGGACGGCUUGAACCUGCUCUGCCUCCUGACCGUCCACUGGAACGGCCAACAUCCCGAAUUCGACAGAUCCUAACACGCGGAAAAGUUAACGAAAAGCGGACGCAACAGGCGCGGGGCCAACAACCAGUGGAUACCCAAAUUACAUGGGAUUGCGUUACGAGACCCCGGUUUUUCAAGAAGCAAUUGGACGGUCUAUUUGCGUUCAUGAGCGUAAUCCAGUGGCCGGAUGCAGAGGAGAUAAAGUGCCAGUUGGAGAAAAAGUAUGAUACCGUUGUAGCUGACCCUGCUGCUAUGAUACGAACGUUUUCAACGCCGCUGGUCACCAAAGAGUUGACAGGGGAAGACUUACCUCGCAGGAGGCUAUCAACAUAUGAAAACUCUAACACUUCUCAUCUCAUUCUGCUUCUUACGCCAUCUCAACAUCACGCUGCUUCAACCUCAACAACAUGUUUUGGUGGGUGGAUAUCUCGCUCAUGGCUAAGCGGAUUUGUUCUGCCGGGGGAAGCUAUCAAUGACAUGCUCAUGUCGACGUUGUUGGAGAACGACGCUCAUGCUCUCAGAGCCCUCGGCCCGGUAGCCAACCUAUACGGCGGAUUUAUAUAUAGGGGCCGAAGCUGGUGGAGUAAGAAGUGUGUUGUCUCGAGAAUUGUCAGUUGUCUAGAUGGGUCUACCACUUGUAUGGGGUGGGUUUCAAGCCGUGUCGUCCCCCAUGACGAGGAAGGCAAGAACCAUACAGACAAAUGGGUAGAAGUCGAAUUGACAGAUGACACGCGUGGCCUAACGGUGCCACGAAUCUAUAAGACGACACAGAUCCUGCUUGAUUCCUCGCCACUAGGACCCGGCGGUGAGCUUACACCAGAGCAAUUCUGCAUGCCCAUGGAUGAUGAUUCAGACGCAGACUCGGAUCAUAUUCAUCAAACAAGUGUGGUGUUUGAUAACAUCACCCUUUCCAGGUCCGAACGAGAUGGCCCAAGUAAACGUCUCCCUUUCAAAGCCACCGCCCACGCUUUCUUCACUAUCAAGGCCACCCCCCAGUCGAAACCACGAAAGGUUCUCUUCCCGCUAAGCAAGAAUUCGCUAUUUAUCUCUUCUUUCCCUUGCCUCCCACCGCGAGGGUGGGCCGCUCACUCCACAAAACACAAUACAGACCCAGACUCUUCAUCAGAGUAUCACAGACACUUCCAGCCCCCUAUCCCUGACGAUGAAGACACAUAUGACUGGAGCCUGGGGCCCGAACCACCUAGCACAGGCCCCCUUAACCCGCGUAUCCAACGAACAAACAGCUUCCGCGUCCCAGGACACCCUCUCCACACUUCCUUCUACCCUUACAAAUAUAUCCCCAUCGCUUCGUUGCCAAGUGUAACAGAAUUCCCGCCCAAGCCCCCGAGAACCUAUGAGCGUCGUUCCUCAGGUAUGGGGAGACACCGCCAUUCACUCUCGGAGGAGAAACGACGUCACUGUCGUCGCCGACCAAUUACAUACAUCAUUGAUGCGAGAGGAAGUAAGGAUAAAGAAGCCUUUGCACGAGCCUGGUGUACGGCCGUCUGUACAGAUGCGGUAAUUUCCAGAGUUGGACGGACUUGUUUAGCAUGCAGUAUCCGAGAAGCGAGAGCGGUUGAUGUUAACGUGGUCAUCCGUGUUGCUAGUGUUGCUAGUGUGGCGAGUGUGGCCAAGUAG